AUGCCUGUCUCUAAGUCUUUAACCAAGAUUCAGCAGAAUAUGAAAGGUAAGAAACACACUGUACAUCCCAAGGGGCGUAAGUUUCAGCAACUAAACAAGGCGACUCUGAGGGAUGACAAAAUACAAGCUAAGAAGAGAGCACACAAUGAGAAAAAGUCUAAUGAACUAAGCCGUAUAAAAUUCAUCCAAGAUGUUAUAAAUACUGGGGAACUAAAAGAACGAACCGUUUUUACAUAUAUAGACACUGCAACGAUAAUAAGUCAAUUCAUAGCACGUGAUGAUGAGGAACUUGAGAUGCUGAAGAGUAAACGGAGGCCUAAUAGACCGCCUACAAAUAGGCAGCAGUUGUUAGAGGAGAAGAAAAAAACUGAAUUAAGAGAAUUCACCACCGGUUUUCUUUGUCCAGAUCUGACCAAAGAGGAUAAUGUGUUCUUCCUCAGACACUGGAACGGUUCGUUCGGUGCUCUAUCAACUUUACUCUUAAUUAGAGUAAAUGAUAAAGGAGAAAAAGUUAUAGGCUGA